AUGGACCGUGAGCAACGAAGGGUUUGGGACGUGGGAUUUCGAAUCACGCAAGCGGGCAAACUCGUAUAUAUAUAUUCUGAAGUCGUCUUCGCUUUCAUGAAGUUGGCUCUCAUCGUUGGUUUGAUCAUUGCUGGACUAGUCUGGAAGAAUCCCGGCGCAUGUAAUACCGAGCCACGGGCGGAUUUUGUCACCUUGGCCGUCUUCAUCAGUGCCGCAGUCAGCUUUGGAAACAUCCAAGUUGUGGCAAUAUCAAGAGCAACGAUUCGAAACCCUCGCGGGAUCAUCCCAGCGGCUAAGAAGAAGAAACUUCACCGCGUUUUCUUCUUCUACGUCCUCAGCAUCUUCGUCAUCACUUGCCUGCAGUUCUUUUACGCGUUGAAGAAAAAAGGAAUUUCGCGAGAUGCUCCCUACGCCGUCUUUAAGAUCACAAUGAGAGAUAUCGCACUUGUCGCGGAGUUUCAAUCUAUUGGGGAGGUUGGGAAGAAGGCAAAAGUUCUCAGGGCUGCGCAGGAAGAAGCUGGCGUAGCGAGGAAGAUAUCCGGGAUAGGAUCUUUCUACUUUCAUGUACAUUAUUUAUAG